AUGGGCGGUGGGGUACGUGCCGAUCCACCAACGCCUCCCGGCGUCGGGAACUCCACUCCGAAGUUACUGGAGGGCUUCUGCCUCAUGCCGAAGAAGCCCGACUUGCCCUUCGGCGUCUUCUUCGGCGCCAUCAGAGAGCGGCGAGAGCAGUGGAGUGGCGGCGGCGUGCGGCCGGGGCGGUGGCGGACGGAGCUGCGGGGCGGCGGCGGCGUGCAGGGCAGUGGCGGACGGAGCCGGGGCGGGUCGGAGCUACGGCGGGUGGGCCGGGUCCGGGCGGAGCUGCGGCGGACGGGGCAGGGCGGACGAGGCGGCGGGUGCGCUGCCGCCGCGGCCGGAUCCGCGGCGGACGGGCGGCGGGGCGGCGUGGAAACAGCGGCGGGGGCCGGGGCGGUGCCGGAGCUGAUGCGGGUGGCGUGCGGCCGGGCGGCGGGGCGGCGUGGAAACAGCGGCGGGGGCCGGGGCGGUGCCGGAGCUGAUGCGGGUGGCGUGCGGCCGGGCGGCGGCGGGGUCAAAAUCUGGUAG